UGUUGAAUUGACUACAAUCUAACAAACAACGAAAAGGUUUUCCUGAAAAAAAAAAAUGCGAAGCCUAACAUUAAUUGCUCUGAUUUGCGGUGUCUUGACAGUUAUGUUGCACUCGACAAAUGCUCAAAUGCCGCAAAUGCCACAAAUGCCGGGAAUGCCUCAGAUGCCCGGUGGUAAUAAUGGCCUAGAGAGUCGCUCUCGCCGCGCUGCAGAACCUCAAGGAGGUGGCGGCGGCGGACAAGGUGGCGCUAGUGGUGGUGCCGGCGCGGGAAUGGGUUUUGGCAUGGGAGCUAAUAUGGGUGCCCAAGGAGGUGGACAAGCAGGUGGACAGGGUGGUCAUUAGUAAAGCAAUGUAGCUAAGAAUGUUGUGAACAAAAUUUUAAUGCAAUAAAACAGAGAAGUACAGAAAAAA